ACCUCAACUUCAAGCGCUGGGAAAAAAUACCACGGCAAGGCAUCUGAUGCUACGAGGAGCAGCAAAGAUCUCUAAGGGGAAGCUGCGUUACGCGCUCAGCGUGUGUGAUCUCUAUCGCCGGAGAGAAACGAUGGAGGCUUGCAAGAAGAAUUCGGGAAUCUGGGAUUGAAGGAGGACCUACUGGACUCUCCUUUUGGAUUUGGUUGAUUUUUCUUUCCCCCCUUUUUUAGAAUUCGGAUAUUAUAUUUUUCAAAAUGCCAUUUGCGAAACGGAUCGUGGAGCCACCGCUUCUGUGUAGGCAUCCAAUUCCAAAUGAUGAGGGCUUGCUAUUCGAGGAUUUGUGUUCAAUCAACAAUGUGGUUCUUUCCCGGACCUUGCGGCAGCUUUCCGACCUGGCCAAACAUGCCUGCUCCUUAUUUGAAGAGUUGGAGAACGAGAUAAUUUCCACGAAUCAACGGGUUUGGGUUCUACAGAAUAAAAUAGGCAAGAUACAACAAGCUGCUAGCGCGUUAGAUCCCAAACAGGAGCCAGUGCCUGUGUCCAACCUGGACGUGGAGAGCAAGCUGACGUCACACUACCAGGCUCCCUGGCACCUCCAGCACAAUGUGUUCCACCCCUCCUCACGGCCAACCUGCGUCCAAGACCUCCACCGCCACGCCAAGCAGAACCUGCGAGCUCUCCAUAGAGACCAACAGCAGAGGCAAAGGUCCACCAGCCGGGAGCGUCAUCAAGUGACCAUCUCCAUCUCAGUGGCGCCCCCUAUGCCUACCUACCCUUCACCACGCACCCUACGGCGGAGAGAACAGAGGGGUCGGCACGCACACACGGAGAGGGCCGUGAGAGAGUCUGAGAUCCAGACCGCUCAGAGAAAGGAGAGACCUGCAAGAGAAGCAGAGAUUCAGUGUGUACCACGAAAGUUUGCCCGACCCCGCCCCUCAUCCCCCACACAGUGCUGCUUCUUCAUCCCUUGGAGCAGAAAGGCAGCCUCUGCUACAGACAAAGAUGCAGAGGUCUCGACUCUGGGUCACAGACCCAAAUGUCCAGUGCCAAACCCACCCUCCACCCUGGACAAGCAGACUAACUGGUCCAAGGCACUGCCUCUGCCGACGCCGCAAGAGAGGAUGAAAAAUGACCCCCACGUCAUCUCAUCCAGCAUCAUCCCCAUCAAUGUCUCUGGAGUGGGCUUUGACCGUGAAGCCAGUGCCCGCUGCUCGCUUGUCCACUCUCAGUCCGUUCUCCAGCGUCGGCGGAAACUACGACGGAGGAAAACCAUCACGGGCAUUCCAAGACGAGUGCAACAGGACAUGGAUUCUGAUGAAUCUCCUGUUGCCAGAGAAAGAACUGUGAUCAUCCACGCCAACCCACAACUGUCCCUGUGCCACGACGAGCUCUCCAUCUGCAGCCGCCUCAACACCAAGGACUCUGGCUGCCAGACGGACGACUGCCUGAUCGCCGCACCCUCUCGGCGCCGCAUCCGUGCCCAGCGCGGUCAGGGCAUUCCGGCCUCGUUGUCCCACUCCACCGGGAACAUCUCCUCCCUGCCCGACCGCUCCGACGGCAUGUACACCUCCGCCUCUGGAGGGCGCCUGCGUUCCCGAAGCUUGCCGCGAGAGGGUGGCCGCAUCCGCGACGAGAUGCAGGACGACAGCGACGAGGACGACGAGGAAGACGAUGAUGAGGAUGAGGACGAGGAGCUCUCCCCGUACGAGGCCGAGGACUUCCUCCCCGUGCCGGGCCAGCACAUACUGAAGGACGAGGAAGAGAGCACGGAUGACCAGGCCAUGCCGGAGCUGCAGCUGGGCAGCUUGAAGCGUGGGGUGACAAGGGCCGGCAGCCCUGACCACGGCUGGAUCGAGCGCGGCCGAUCACGACUCCCGCGCAAGGCGGACAUGGGCAGCUGUGAGAUCUCGUCCAGCUCAGAUACGUUCAGCAGCCCGAUCCACUCGGUGUCUACCACUGGGGUGCUCGGGGGCCAGAUCGACCACAAAGAGGACCACCAGUCCUCCAGCGGCAACUGGAGCGGCAGCAGCUCCACCUGUCCCUCGCAGACGUCCGAGACCCUCCCCCCGGCCUCCUCGCCCCCGCUGACCGGCUCGUCGCACUGCGACUCGGAGCUUUCGCUCAACACGGCCCCCCACAUCAUCGACGACACCACCGGCUUCAUCAUUGACCCCUACCAGAGCGACCGUGCCCAGACCCAAGGACACCGGUCCGGCUCCUUCACCGACCAGAUGGACGACGCCGGCGUGAGCACGGCCAGCGAGGGUGAGUGGAACUACGCGCAGGACCAGGCGGAGCAAGACCAGCCCUGUCCGCAGGAUUUCAGCCCCAAACGCUCCCGGGAGGACCAGGGAGGCCUGCAGUGUCCAGGCUACAAGGCCACCUACGAGGGCUUCAGCGGGAAAUCCUCGGGGGAAAUGGGGGGCGCCAACUUGCACUAUACGGAGACAGAGGGCCUCUACGCCUCCAUGCACUUUGACUGUGGUCUUAAGGAGAGCAGGAGCUACGUCUAUAACUAUGCAGCUGAAUGUGGCCCUGGCACAACCAUGGGGCUCAGCGAAGGUGGCUACGCUCAGUCUGACUACAGGGGCACUAGGGCAGGCGGACGGCAGAGUCUCUCCCUACGAAAGCCAAAGGCGAGGCCGCCCCCGCCAAAACGGAGUUCAUCGUUGAAGGAAUCGAGCAGUAUGGAAAUAUUGGACCAGAGUGAACCAAAGACACUGAUCAGUGACCAGCCCCUGCCGUUGUCUUCCAGGGAAAUGAAGCUGGACUUGGAUCUGGCCAGUUCUGUGGGUCCAGCGGAGAUGCUGGGCCUCGAGCCCGAGACCCUGGGUGCCUGGGGUGUUGAAAGUUCAAGAGAGGUGGACGAUGCGUCUCCAUUCUGUUCCAGCGACACACACUCCUUCAAAGAUGAAGGGGCCGUGCAGUCCGACUAUGCAGACCUCUGGCUCCUCAAUGACCUGAGGACCAAUGACCCCUAUCGGUCAUUGUCCAACUCCAGCACAGCCACAGGCACUACUGUUAUAGAAUGUGUCAAGUCACCAGAGAUCUCCGAGGCCCAGACUGUGCGUCCGAGUUCCAAGCCCAGUUCACCAUCACAUCCCCCCGCAGAAAAUGACUUCAAGCUCUCGUCCCCCGAGAAGUUAGCCGGCUUGGCUUCUCCUUCCAGCGGCUACUCCAGCCAGUCCGAAACACCCACCUCAUCCUUCCCCUCAGCCUUCUUCCCCAACCCGCUGUCCCCAACCAGUGGGAAGAGGAAGCCCAAAGUCCCCGAGAGGAAAUCCUCACUCUCCUCCCUGCAGCAGCAGCACCUCGCCAGCUGCUCGUCCAGACGGGACGGCGAGCCGCCCAUGGCUGUCCCUCCCUCUCACCUCGACCUAAGUGCUCUUCACAGUGGUCCCCCCAAGCCCCCGCCGUACCGGAUCCACACUCUCCACCACAACAAGCAGAGGGCAGCGGCCGCAGCCGCGGCUGCAGCAGAGGCCAGGGCUGUGGCGGCUGCUGCUGCUGCUGCUAGCGCUGCUAGUGCUGCUAGCGUUGCUAGCGCUGCGGCCAGCAUUAACUCCGCCGCUAACACAAACCCAGAUGCAGUCUGCUCAGCCCACAUGGCUAUCACACCCACCGUUCUGAGGUCAGUCCAGUUGCGCUCUGUUGGCACGAGGGAACAGGAGCAAUCCAGCACAGAGACCACCGCUAGGCCGAGGUUCCCUGCUCAGUACUCUGACAAUAGACAGGCACCAUCCUCUCGGCCCCCUGCCUACAAGUCCCAUGAUGCACCAUCUCAGGAGUUAAGUGACACUGGGGUCUCGUUAGGAGAGAGUACCCGCGCCACAGAGCCCACGCCACGACACAAGACGAGGCACCAGAGGCUUGUCCCCGGCACGUACUGGGCCAUGACAGCUUUUAGGACGCCUGUGGAGGUGACCGGGGACGAUGACGACCUUAUACCUCAGUCAGGAGCAGAGCCCGACUCCAGAAGCGGGAUAUGCAGCGCGGGAGACCUGACCGCUAGCGGAGGUCUCCAGACGGAACCCUGUACUCACAGACCCAAGCUCCAGUGGACAGACGCUGGGUCCGCCUCGUUAUGUCUGACCAGCACUAUGUCCCACCCUGCUCAGAGUGAAACAACAGCAAGCUGUGACUUUGUACUGUUCAGCAGUCCUGAUAAAGUGCCUGCCAGAACAUCGGAAGCAUCGCACACUUACAAAAUCAGCGAUGCCCGGAGCAGAGAGGAUGACUGCGAAUCUCUAGGUGUUCACACCAGAAGUGCCUCCCAGGACAAUCGAGAUGAGGGGUCAACUCCAGACACAGAGGAUUACUUCAGUAAAGACUCUACACCCAGUGACAAUUCCACCUCUCCAUUGACUGAUGACACCAAACCCGAUGAAGACGGUGUUUUCCCUUCACCAAACAGACUGCGCACAACAGAGGACCUAUUCGCCAUGAUCCACAGGUCUAAGAGGAAAGUUCUGGGCCGCAAGGACUCGGGGGAACUGUGCGUGAAAAGUCGAGUCGGGCCCCCAGCGGUCAGCAUCCCCAUUCCAAUCCCUGUCAGUGUCCCCGUGACGACGCCCAGCACGCCCACUGCCCCGCCAACCACAGCUGGCUCCCAGCGUGUCCCAGGCCCCAUCUACCGCAACGCCAAGAAGUCCAGCACCUCCAACGAGGAGUUCAAGCUGCUGCUGCUGAAGAAGGGCAGUCGCACGGACUCCAGUUACCGCAUGUCCGCCACCGAGAUCCUCAAGAGCCCCAUCGCGCCCAAGACCCCCGGAGAGCUGCUACUGGAGGGGGUCAAGCCACCCGAGGAGCCCCCGUCCCCCCUGCAGGAGUCGUCGCCAGCAGGGGGGCCAGCAGGGGGGCCAGACCCGCUGUCCAAUCCCCAGUACCCCCGUGCCAACACUGAGGGCUUCUCGCCCAAGACCCUCACCGCGACCGCGUCGUCCAGGCAGGGCCGCUCCCGCAUCCCCCCCGCGGCCAACAGCAGCCGCUACAGCACGCGCAGCCGCCUCUACACCGCCCCCAUGCAGGCCAUCUCGGAGGGGGAGACGGAGAACUCCGAUGGGAGCCCUCACGAUGACCGCUCCUCCUAGAGCUGGUUUGUUUUUAAAGAAAAUGCGUUCUCUUUGGCAGAAAACGAUAUCAUUCAGCAGAUUAGACAGAAGAGAAGGAAAUAACAGGAGGACUCAGACAAUAGACUGUGUCACACACACACACACACACACACACACUACAGACAUUUUUGUACUAAUCCCAUGUGUCAUUUGCCCAGGAGGACACUUAAAGAGGAGGGGAUAUCCUAUGUUCAACUGAAACAUUUUUAUUAUCUAAAACGUAAACUAUGAUCAAAACAUGGCUAGAGAAGAAUAAUGAGUGUUAAACAACUUACAUUUAUAUAUGAAUUAGGGAAACUUCCAUUGCAGUUUUUCAUCUGUUUUGACGUAACACAUCUUUUCCUUGUGUUGAGGGAACAGCAUUGGUCUUUCAAUAAGUUUAGCUGUUUUAUCAACCUCUUCAUAUCAACUACAACUAUCAACAUUUACAGAUUAGAUAUCUUUAUAAGUAUGUCCAUCAACAUACCAGAAGUAGGCAAUAUACUUCUACUAUGUUUUUUUUUUAAAAACUGAAGGACUUGUGCAUCUUAUAUAUCACGCAAACAUAUGUCCCAAAUAUACUGUAUGCAUAUGUUCUGCACUAUGGUGCCACAAAAGGGAAGUAUUUUUCUGCAGUCAUAGACACACAUAUCGCUAAAAGGCAGGCAUACAUGGGACAAUCUUACUGUUGCCUUUAACACUUACCACAGGUCACAUUUUGUUCUACACAGCCAAUAUCUGUGUAAAGUAAAAUACUACAAAGCUACUGCACAUGCAUUUUGGGGAAUGGUUGAGAAAGAUGCUACAACUUUCAUUUCAGAGCUGGUCGUCGGCGUAUGGUGCAGGUGCCCCACCCAGUUGCGCCACAGCUGGGGCCUGACUGGUGGUUUGAUGUCUGAUUUGAGCAAGGGGGUUUUGAUAUCUGAAACCUGGUGUGGUUAGUCUUGAGAAGAUGGUGGCGAAAGGAUCAAGGCCCGAGUAGCUGGUAUAAUACUAUUAUCUUCCACGAGUGAUGCGUAGAAUCCUGACUAGUAUUAACUGGUAUAAUACUACUGACACCCACCAAGGGAUGCAUAGAGUAUAACUAUUAUUCACAAUCUCUCUUGGACCUUUAUUUGGUAAGAGAUUGAAAAGACUGUUUAUUAAAAUUUAAUUUGGACUUGAUGUGGAUGAUACAUUAUACCUUCAGAAGACUACACACAAUAGAUCAUGUUUUUUAUGAGUUAACUAAUAUAUACCAUUGAAACACUUGAACAGACUUGAGAUCAAGGUGCAGAUAAAAUAUCUUUGUCACUGAGCCAAGAUCAUGUACUGAUAUUUGUCACAGGACUGCAUUCUGUAGAUUUAGUCAUUUUAGUCACCUGAGUUGGGAUUCCACACUUCACCAACGUAUGGGCCAUACCACCUUCAAAUAAUUAUUGUUUGAAUAAAGAAAUCACAUCAUUUGGUGCCCAAAGUUAUCAGGUACAUCAAAUAACUGCAUGGAUACCAAUGCAGAGGCCAAUGUUAAUAGUAAUGUGUAAGAGACUAUUGUGGGAAAAACAGUAGGGUAAAAAUGUCUUGGUGUAUUCUGUGAAUACCGUUGCAUUGACAUUCAUUGUAAAUGUUAGCCUGAAUGGAAAGAGUGAGCAAGAGUCAUAACUGAUGAUUGAUAUGAUACACUUUAAAAAAAAAAAAAAAGAACAAUGUGAUCUGCUGAACUUACACUGUGCUGAUGAGCCAGGGCGCUGACCAUUCAUCACUUCCUUUGCUGGACAGAAACAUUUAAACUGUAUCUUUGUUUUACAAGUGUUCUUGAAUUUGUCAAAUCUUGCAAUAGCACCAGAUAAUGACCACAGGGAGCUUGUCCAGUGGCGCACUUUGCCAACACAGAAGAAAAAAAAACACUAUUUCCAGAUGACUUGAAUUUGUUCAAUAAGUAUGUUCUAUAAAUGUAAAAUACAAUGUUUAAUUUGUGUUGUACCGUUGUAAGUCAGAGCUUUAUCAGUGGGUGGUCAACCAGACAAUCUAAUGAGGCCCUGUUGAACCCUCAGUAAUGAAUUACAGCAUUUCGAAGAAAGGGUGCGUAUGGUGAUAUGUGUGCAAGCAAGUGUCCAGGGUGCUACAGUCAUUGUGACUCUAAGUGAUAGGACAAAAACAAAUGAUGAUACAAUAUUUAGGCUCGUGUGUGAAACACAGGGUGAGUUGGCCGGAGUGUGUGAUCUGGUGUGCAUUAGCUCUGCAUCCUCUUUUCUCAUAGAUACACCCCGGCUCUGCAUCUUCCUCACAUAGCUACAUAACACCCCCCCCCCUACACCCCCUCCUCAGUCCCUAAUAUGUUCCCAGCUCAACACCAGUACUUAUUCCACCCCUGACUCACGAGUAUACCCUUACCAAUGAGUGGACUGUUUAAGUGCCAUGUACUCUGUGUCUUGGCUGAGCUCGGGUGAUAGUUUUAUAACUUACAGCUGUGCUAGAACGAAUGGAUUGCGGCUAAAAUAUGUUCUCGUUUGUAAGGAAACAGUCAGGGGUCGGAGCCGAGUCCUCUGUUAUGCUUUUCACCUGUCCACUUGCUCAUGUAAUUACAGUAGUCAAUGGUUUAGAUGUCUUUAUUUAUUUUUGUUACUUUGAGAAAAACAAAUGAAAAGAAUAUGGAUCAAUGAUUUCUCCAUUUUGUCCAAAGAACACACUGUAGUGUUUUACCAUGGGCUCAUACAUAUAGGACUAUUACAUCAAUUGAAGCUGUUUAAUGCUGACAAUACGGAAAAUAGAAAAUAUUUUUAAUUAUGGGAUAUUUUAAUCCAGAGAAUUAUUUUGUUAAUAAAGAUAGAAAUGACAAUAAAUCUUUAUUUAAAUGAAUGCUGGUUGAAGAUAUUUGAUAUGAGAGGAUAUAUCAACCCAGCUGUUACAGUAAAGGAAUGAACUACUAAGAACCUUUUUGAGAGUAGCUGUAAUUCACAAUCUUUAAAAAAAAGAAAGAAAAAAAAAGCUACUGUGUAUGCUAUUGGAUUCUAGUUAGAUGUUUUUGGUGCUCUGAAUUUAUUCUAUAUUAUUGGUCAUAUUGUAUUUUAUUGUUGCCACUGACAAAAAACUCACUGUAUUUUCAUCUUCCAUGGGUUGCAAAUGAUAGUGUUCACCUUGUGCUGACAGUAUACAGGCACCCAUGGACUGGCCUGCAACACUAGUGAUGUCACAGGCACCCAUGGACUGGCUGGCCUGCAACACUAGUGAUGUCACAGGCACCCAUGGACUGGCUGGCCUGCAACACUAGUGAGGCACCCAUGGACUGGCCUGCAACACUAGUGAUGUCACAGGCACCCAUGGACUGGCCUGCAACACUAGUGAUGUCACAGGCACCCAUGGACUGGCCUGCAACACUAGUGAUGUCACAGGCACCCAUGGACUGGCCUGCAACACUAGUGAUGUCACAGGCACCCAUGGACUGGCCUGCAACACUAGUGAUGUCUGGAGAAACCUGAUAUUGUAGCACUGUAGCCAUAUCUGUUGGAUGAUUUUUUUUAAAAUCCCAAACCACUAUAGCUAGCUGUACUCCAAGAGUAAUAGCACUCGUGUUGCAGCUGUUCAAGCUUUUUACAAAUGUUUUAGAACAUUUUAAAAAGGGAACAACUACUGGACACUUGACUUUAUUUAGUGUCUCAGUACAAUGUCUUAACAUAACACAUAAUAUCCCAGACAAAUUUGUCAUCGUCUUUUUUAUCUGGGUGUGCUGAGGAGCUGGCAGCACAGUUUAGGACUGUUGUUUAUCAUUGCUGUUUUUCAAGGUACCUUUGGAGUAGUUUCAUAAUCAAAUUUCAUUCCAUUGUCUGAAACAUGUUGGCACUUACACACACUGGACAUUUUUACAUUUCUACAGAGAAACGCAUUAAUAUAUUUUUGGUCUUUUUCCUUGCUGUAAUCUUGAAGUUUGUGUGAUCAUGUGAAGAAUCACUUUAGACUGGUCCUGUGUUGUUUUCUUUAAAAAAAAAAACUAAAAAAAACGUCAUGAUUCAUUGCAUCUUCAUGGUGUGUGGAUGGACAAGCACAGUUCUUCUGUUUGCCGAAGGGUAUGUACAGACUUGCGACGUGAAAUAAUAAAAGGCAACAAAAGAAACCACGAGGGCCACAGUGUAGCGGACUGGCUAAGACUCAUCUCAUUCAGGUUGGAAGCUCCAGUUAAACAGAUUUGCAUCCAUUUUUGUAUUUUUGUAUAAACCUGUACAUAUAUUCUUUUUAAACUGUUGGGAAAAAACGUUGCUUUUGUUACAAAAAUGUUUGAAAAACAUUGAAAAAAAGAUUGAAACGAAUAAAUGAAAAAGAAGAAAAGAGACAGAAGAAAAGAAGAGUUGAGACAAGUUUCAAAAGUUUACAUUAUUCCAAGCCUUUGUAUAUUUUUGAGCUUGUGCUACACUUUCGUUCUUGUAUUUAUUUUUAGUACACAUUGUGGAAAUCUCAUUGUAAAUCUGAACCAUUUGCCAGGUCUACUGGCUGCUUAGUAACUGCAUAGAAAAGGCCAAUAAAUGUGAUUGCGUUGAACAA